CGUUCGGAGUGCGUCUUUUGCUGUGUGUGACGUCCGGUCUUUGGUUGGUUGAUUUAUGUCCUGCGGUCUUCCGGAGCUCCAUUCAAAUCUUUGCUGCUCAAACAUCAUUCUUGAAGCUCCUCCCUAUCUACACAAUUUUCUCUCCACUGACCUCACUCCUUCACCCGCCUUUACUUUCUGUUGUUGACUUUCUUCUGUCUGACGAUCACCAUGGCCUCUUCACUUCGUGUUGGAAGCUCUCUGCUUCGCUCCACCUCGGUCUCCUCCAGACCCUUUGUCCAGAAAGCCGCAUUCAAUGGUGUCCGCUGCGCAAGCACCAAAACCCUCAAAGACACCUUCGCAGAGAAGCUCCCUGGAGAGAUUGAAAAGGUCAAGAAGCUGAGGAAAGACUACGGUUCCAAGGUCAUUGGCGAGGUCACCCUAGAUCAAGUCUACGGUGGUGCUCGAGGCAUCAAGGCCCUUGUUUGGGAAGGAUCCGUCCUUGACUCGGAGGAGGGUAUCAGAUUCCGGGGGAAGACCAUUCCAGAAUGCCAGGAAGUCCUCCCCAAGGCUCCUGGUGGAGAGGAACCCCUUCCAGAAGGUCUUUUCUGGCUGCUCCUCACCGGCGAGGUCCCAAGCGAACAACAGGUCCGAGACCUCUCUGCUGACUGGGCUGCUCGCUCCGACCUUCCCAAGUUCGUCGAAGAGCUCAUCGACCGCUGCCCCAACGACAUGCACCCGAUGGCUCAAUUCUCCAUCGCCGUCGCUGCGCUCGAGCACACCUCCGAGUUCGCCAAAGCCUACGCCAAGGGCAUCAACAAGAAGGAAUACUGGACAUACACUUUCGAGGACUCGAUGAACUUGAUUGCUAAGCUUCCUACCAUCGCAGCCAAGAUCUACCGCAACGCAUACAAGGAUGGAAAGGUUGCUCCCAUUCAGAAAGAUAAGGACUAUGGUUACAACUUGGCCAACCAGCUUGGCUACGGUGGCAACGCAGACUUCGUUGAGCUGAUGCGCCUGUACCUGACCAUCCACUCCGACCACGAGGGUGGUAAUGUCAGCGCGCACACGACUCACUUGGUUGGUAGCGCUCUGAGCUCCCCCAUGCUGUCUCUUGCUGCCGGUCUCAACGGUUUGGCCGGUCCUCUCCACGGGUUGGCCAACCAGGAGGUCUUGAACUGGCUCACCAAGAUGAAGCAGACAGUCGGUGAUGAUCUCAGCGACGCGAACAUCACCAAAUACCUCUGGGACACUCUCAACAGUGGCCGUGUCGUGCCUGGUUACGGUCACGCUGUUCUCCGCAAGACUGAUCCACGAUAUGUGUCUCAACGCGAAUUUGCGCUCCGCAAAUUGCCCAACGACCCCAUGUUCAAGCUUGUCAGCCAGGUCUACAAGAUUGCUCCAGGUGUCUUGACCGAGCAUGGCAAGACCAAGAACCCUUACCCCAACGUUGACGCUCACUCUGGUGUCCUGCUGCAAUACUACGGAUUGACCGAAGCCAACUACUACACUGUGCUCUUCGGUGUCUCCCGUGCGCUUGGUGUCCUUCCCCAAUUGAUCAUUGACCGUGGUUUGGGAGCUCCAAUUGAACGACCAAAGUCUUUCAGCACCGACGCUUAUGCCAAACUUGUUGGCGCUUCAUUGUAAGCGAUGUGAUUGGAACGGAUUCCACGAGCAAGCGAUGUACUGUGCAAGACAAAAUCUGUAGUUUAUAUGGGAGGGCAAGGAUGGAUUGGCGGCUCGAGGUCAGCUACCAUUGGGCGAUGGCUCAACCAUGGGGAGAACCUAGUAUGCCAUUUUAAUUGACGAGCGUUUUGGUCCAGUUUGUCUCUCCUUGUUCUCUGGGCACCCUCUACUUUCAAAGUACUCGCCGAAUUCUAUGCAAUCGAAGAGACUAUAUGCCGAUCGUACCUUACGACGCGCCCUCGUCAUAAACUCAC